AUGAUUGACACAUUUGCUGAAGACAUUCAGCGUGCUGACUUAACAUUUUUCUAUUUUUCUGGUCAUGGAAAGCAAUAUGAAAAUGAAAAUUAUUUGCUAUCAUCCGAUUACGAUUAUGAUUAUAGUACGAGAGAAUCUACCUAUUUAGUGGACAAAGCUAUUAGUGUACAAUACAUCAUGAAGAAAAUAUAUGAUAAAUACAGUCGUGUAACGAUAUUCAUAUUCGAUUGUUGCAGAAAAAAUGUCCGAACUAAAGGAGAUGAUAAUCAACAAGGUUUAUCACCUAUGCAUGCACCACCAGAAACUCUAAUUACAUAUGCUUGUGCACCAGGUGCAGUAGCAAUCGACGAAUCACGAAAUGGUAGAAACGGUUAUUUUGUUGAAUACUUGUUAAAACACAUUGCGACACCUAAUAAUGAUAUUGAAGAUGUUUUGAAGAUUGUUGCUCGUGAAGUUAAAUUACAAACUGCUGGUUUUCAACUGCCCUAUCGAACAAGUUCUCUCACGGAGAAAGUCUGCUUCGUAACAUCAAAUGUUCAAGGUUAG